GACGCGUUUACAUUCACGAAGCUCAAAACAUUCAUUCUACGAUCCCCUGUCAGCCGUGUUACACGAGCCCCUGUCUGCCGAUACGACUGUGUGAACACGCACUCAACAGUACCCGGACACAUUUUUUGGGGGAAACAUCUUGUGAAAGGAAGAAAAACCUGAAAUCUUCAGUCUGUGCACCGAAGGAACAAUGAGACUUUCUGCUUAGUACGUCUAACAAAGAAGAAAAAAACACUUUCCAAGACAACUGUGUUCACUACAUUCAGAGACAAGUCAGCGACCUUCUGACAUCAGUCUGGCAUCAUGGAUGCAUCCUACGUGAACAACAGCAGCAGUGCUUUGUCGGGCGAGAUGCCGUGGGCGGGUCUAGACGUGUGUCCAACCUCCGUGAGUGGCACCACCUUCCUGAUCAUCGCCUACAGCGCUGUGAUUGCCGUGGGCCUCAUCGGCAACACCUGCCUGGUCUUCGUCAUCUCGCGACAGAAGGAGAUGAGGAACGUCACCAACAUCUUCAUCGCCAACCUCUCCUGUUCCGACAUCCUCAUGGGCAUCGUGUGCCUGCCCGUCACCAUCAUCUACACCCUUAUGGACCGAUGGAUCCUGGGCGAGGCUCUGUGCAAGGUCACGCCCUUCGUCCAGUGCAUGUCCGUUACCGUGUCCAUCUUCUCCCUGGUGCUCAUCGCCCUGGAGCGCCACCAGCUCAUUCUCCACCCAACAGGCUGGAAGCCCAUGGUGGGACACUCCUACCUGGCGGUGGCUGUCAUUUGGGUGGUGGCCUGCUUCAUCUCCCUGCCCUUCCUCUCCUUCCAAGUGCUCACCAAUGCCCCCUACCAAAACCUCAGCAUUCCUUUCAACCCCUUCACCGACCAUUUAAUCUGCAUGGAGGGGUGGCCCUCCAAUGAAAACCGACUAGCCUACACCACCUCCCUCCUGGUCUUCCAGUACUGCCUGCCCGUCAUCCUCAUCGUCCUCUGCUACCUGCGCAUCUUCCUGCGACUGCGCCGGCGGAGGGACAUGGUGGACCGGGCACGAGAGGCCAGAAGGAGAGCCAAGGGCUCCCAGAGGGUCAACACCAUGCUAGUCUCCAUCGUGGUGGUCUUUACCCUCUGCUGGCUACCGCUGUACGUCUUCAACACGGUGUUCGACUGGAACCACGAGGCCAUCUCCACCUGCCAGCACGACGUCAUCUUCUCCUCCUGCCACCUCACGGCCAUGGCCUCCACCUGCGUCAACCCCAUUAUCUACGGCUUCCUCAACAGCAACUUCCAGAAGGAGCUGAAGGCCACCCUGCAGCGCUGCCGCUGCUGGGGGGCGCCAGAGAGCUAUGAAAGCUUCCCUCUCUCCGUUGUCAGCACCGAGGUCACCAAGGUGUCAUCACUGAGCAAUGGGUCUUUCAGUGUCAACACCUAAUUAAGAGAGAGAGAAAUAGAGAGAGAGAAAGAGAAAGAGCGAGAGAGAAAAGUGGUAACGUUAUGGCAAUGCGGCACCAUCAUGCACUGAACAGCUUUGUGCUGUGACACUUAUUAGGCGCUGAUAUGGUGUCAUCUUGAUGCAUCCACCGCUCACCAAUGUUGAUUCAGAGACCAACCAAUGAAGAGACUGGCCUUCAUAAAAUAAAAGCAGCGUCGCCAAAAGGCACAGCACAACCACAGCUGUCACGUGCUCAUCCGCAGAUUAGACCACACCCACCCUGCAGGGCUUUCUGGGUGCUGAAUUCUACUUGGCUGUGCGCUCUUAGUCUUUGCUAUUUCCCCAAUCAGUGGCCAUCUUCCGUAGCUCAUUUGAAGAAAAUCUAGGCUGGUAGCUGAGGACUGUUGUGAUACAUUGUUUCUUUGGGGAAUUCUUGAUCACGUUGAUGAGCCUCUCAGUUCAGUCGAAACUAACUGACUUUGUAACUACUGUGUGCAAGGAAGAAGGUUGGACAAUUGAUUUGUUGCGCCACCCCUUUGAUGGAUUAACUGCCUCUGGAAAUUGUCUCCGUUACAUUACAUCAUGAUCCAUGAGAUAUUGCUGUUUCAUUUCUUGUGUUUGGCCCUGGUGAAAUGCUUGAUUUAUUGACAAACAUCUUCACUCACUGUUGAUUUGUAUAGCACUGCUGUACGCGAGAAAUGCUUGUAUAAUAUGUGUGAUGCAUUCAAUAAAAGAAAUUUAAAAAACA